AUGGAGGCCUACACGAACUUUGCGUCAUACGACAUGACGCUCGACGACAUCGAUCCGUCUGAGAUGCAGCAAAUACUACAGCAGAUUCGUUGGGAGCAAUCGAUCGAAGAGCAAAUCUUUGCUGGACCGGAAUACGACAUAACAAACUUCAACUCAGGCCUCUCACCGCUGUCUGGAUAUGCCAGCCCAAGCAGCAUGACAACAGGCAGCACGAAUCAAAGCCCCGUCGUGCCACUACUCGACUAUGAUAUGUCUUUCCCCGUGGCCUCGUCCACGGACGACCCCGAAAACCUCUUCCCAGAGCUCAUGGACCGCUCUAUCAACGUGAAUCCAGACUGCGUGGGGUCCACGCCUGAGGGCUACAGCGGCCCCUUCCCAACGUCGGGCGAUGCCCAAGUCAAGGUCUCAUCCAUAUACCCUAUCGACAGUCAGCUAUACCCGACUGCCGCUCCAGAGGCGACACUAUAUAACAACAACUCGACCUUCGAGCCAUACCCUACCACACAACCACCGCCAGCCUCAGCUCAAACCCCACAACCGACACCAACACCAUCGUCACAAAACACGACCGCCACAAAGACCGACCUCACAUGCUCCCACUGCGGGGCCACCUUCACCGACAAGACCAAAUUAAAGGUCCACACCAACAAACACACAAAGCCCUUCCGGUGCGCCGCCGCGGGCUGCGACUACGCCACCGCCGAGAAGAAGAGCCUCCAGCGGCACCUGCUGGCCAAGUCCAAGUGGGACGAGGAGCACCGCGCCGCGGCGCAGAGCGAGGGCGUGCGGCAGGUGAAGCACCGCUGCCCGCGGGCGGGGUGCACAUACUCGACUAUCCGGGAGGACAACCUCAAGAGGCACAUCAACACUUGUGCCUAG